ACGAUGCAAUGAUAUGCUACUAAUGAGCGUUGAAAGUGCAAUAAAAUCUAUGUUAUACUAACUUUUAUAAGUUUAAAGACUUUGACCUAUAAUUAGCGAAGCGUGACAUGUAGUUUGUCACCAAGCUGCAAUUUGUGUUCGGAUUUAAUACGCAUUAAACUUAAGCUGCAAGAUGGAAGAGGAGCGAGCACCGACAUAUUCGAGAGAAAAAGAACGGCAUAACAUAGGCAUAGACAUCAAUGAAAACAUUGCUGUUCCUAAACAUUCUGUAGCGAUCUCAAAUUCAAUAAACGGGGAAACCAAAGCGGAAGUUGGUUCUCGCGUUUCGGAACCAGAAGUUAGAAACAUCGUUCAAUCAACCAAAUAUUCGAAUAAUGAGAAUGGCCGACAGUUAGAGGAAAAUUUAAAAAUCAACGACGAAGAUGAUUAUUCUAGAAAUAGACACGAUAUCGCAAAAGGAACUGAUGAUAAAACAUUUAAAUACGAACAUAUGAAUGCAGGCAUAGAUCAAACGCAGGCGGGGAAGCCGAGUAAGCUGUUUGAAAUGCUGAGCAGGGAAUUUGAUGAUGAUGAUAAUAAUAAGCUUGGAAAUUAUGAGCUCUCAACAAACAUCCCUUUGACUGUCGACACGGAAAUAAAGAGCGAAAUUUCCACGAGCCCAAUGUGUUCACCGGCGAUGACGUCACCAAGAAGCAUGACGUCAUCGCCGAGCCCCGAAAUUUCGCCGCGGCAGUUAAAACGCGAGAUUUCGGAGAGUUCGAGUGAAGACAAGGACAAAAGUGGCGGUUUUGAUGGUAAACCUAAGAAAAAGUCCCGACGACGCGGGUCCGCAUGGUCAGACGAGGAGACUGAAUUCCUAAUGGAGAUUUGGGCUCGCGAGGUCGAGCUCGUAAAAGGCAAAGGCGGAGACAUAACAGCCACGUGCGCGCCCGUGUACCGGCUGAUCGCGCAGGAGAUGACCGGAAAGGGUUACGAUAAGUCAUGGGAACAGUGCAAGACGCGCAUCCAUACGCUCAAGCGCGCGUACAAGAUAACGAAAGAUGAGAUCAACUCGGGGGCAAAAACGAUAACAUACUGUCGGCAUUUCGAUAAACUUGGUAUUAUCUGCCUAGACAAUCCCGAUAUCACACCGGGGGUCUUGGCCACUACAUUGGCACAAAAACGAGAAAAGAUGGAAGCCGAGAAUAAGACUGCCGUUCGGACGCCCGUCAAGCGGAAAUUGAUCGUUGGUGAGCCUCCGGUGACCAUGAUCAAGCGUCAGAAGCAACCGGAAGCGGCCCGCACUGCCGUCCUUUAGUUCUUUCUCCCAAUCGAACACGAGUCCCAGCACGGAUAGUAACUCCGUCUGGCUCCCGCCGCUAGUGCCGAAAACUCAGCAGCCGACAUCGGCACUCCAGAUGUCGCUCGCAGCUCCACCGAUGGUAAUGCCGAUAUUUAAACAGCCACUACAACCUCCACAACAACAGCAUCAACAACAGACUCCGUCACUUCCCCCACCCCCAUCGUAUCACUAUAGCACCGGUCACCAAUCAACCGCGAGUCACAGCGAAUGCAGUCUUCCGGUUACCGUUAAACCAGAGAUGCCUGAAUUAACGCUGCAUGGCCUCUCGAGCGUUCCACAGACGACAAACUCUCAGCAUCCAAGUCACAUGUACGCUUUCUCGCCGACAACGACGAAUGUAGCAGAACCGGUGCAGAAUCAAAAUGGCGGCAGUCAAAAUGGCGGCUCCGGUAAUCCUAGUGACAUCGAACGGAUGAAACUGGAUUUGGAACUGAGGAAACUUGACGUUGAGAGAAAGAAGAUCGAAAUGGAAGAACGACAACGCCGGGAGGAACGCGAUCACCAAUACCGGAUGUUGCAGCUGCUUCUUUUUGGGCUAGGACAACAAAGCAGUUCGCAAGGAUCAGAGGUCGCGCUUGCGCACUUAACCACUCUGUCACGUGCUCUUGAAAAUGGCCUCGUUCCUGGUGGUCAGGGCGUUAACGAGAAAGGUCUCUCGUUUAACGAAUUGUGAAAAUAAACAUUGUGUCUUUUCUUCAUCUGUGUGUUAGUUAUUUUUGCCAGAUCCACCCGGAUCUAAAAUUACUAUAUAAAGUGAUAACUUUUGUUUAACUUUAUGUCGAAAAGUGGCUUCUUUUAUUUUUGAAACUAUCUUAGGAUAGACAUGGUAGGUUCGCAUAUUCAGAGGGAAACUUUAUUUUCAAAAGAACCAGUCAUCCUUUUUAAUCAAUUUGGCAUCACAUUUAAAUUCCUACGCGAUAGCCUAUAUGUCCUCAUUUUGUUUCAACAUGAACGUUAAGUUUUUGUUACCGUGGAUUUGUUGUUAUUGUUGUAAUGAAAGUUGUUUUUGUCACUGUGGAUUUUAAAAAUUGUUUUUGAUUGUUUCUUUGUCUGUUACUUGUUACCGGUACCUUGUAUACGAAUGGCUGGAUUGUCUGUCUUGUGACGUUUUACAAAAUUACCAAAUGAACAAACUUUGUUAUGUCGAUGCUUCCGGUGAAAACCCACAGAGCUGAUGGGGCUUAAUGAAAUUUUUACAAAAUCUCAAAACUGUAAUAUUCCUGCUUUGGAAAGUUAAUUUUAUCUUAAUUGGGUUAACUCUGGGCCCUGACCUAAGUCCUUUAGAUUUAUUAUUAUUUUAAUUUUAUUUGUUUUUACCUUAGUCUAUCUUGGUUAGUUUUAUGUGAAAAUUUACAUGUUACAUAGUUCGAUAUUAAUUGUCCUUUAUGCAUUUUAUUCUUCAAAAUGAAAUUAAUUUUCAUAUUAUUUUGUUUUUACUUUUGUUUGAUUUUUUCAUUGUUAUUUUCAUCAGCUUUGCAUUUAAUUCCAUAUUCGAUUAUAUAGUUUAUACGCAUGUUUUAUUUCGGAUGCUUUUUCCAGAAUUUUCGUUACAGAUUUUAAUUUCGUUAUUGGUGAAGGGAGGCAAAUGCGUUUAUAUCUGUUUUGCUAAGUUUGCGCAGUUGUUUCCCUUUAUUUUUAAUGCAUUUUGUACAAUUUCAUUAUUAUUGAAACAUCAGUAAAACAUAUUUUUGUAAAA